UGAUGCUGUGUCAACAGUUACAACCCCCGUAACUGGUCACCCUACCUUUGAAGACGUAAACGUUCUACUGAAUCGCUUCCUGGAUUCCACCAUUAAGCCAUGGGUGCAAGAUGCAAUGACCGCUCUAGCACAGGAAUUUAGGACCACCCAAGCGGUUCGGUCUGAACAAACACCACCCCAACCUUCCCCUGAACCGUUCAUCUCCCAUACACAACCCAUAUCCUCCACCCCUCUAUCCCACCAAUCCAUAAACCAAAUUCCCAUUCCCUCUAUUUUUCGGGGAACCCAGGAUACAGAACCAGUAUUCUCCCCACACCCGAACACACCCUCCAUCGAUCUCUCCUCACUAUCCUUUGACACACUAGCUUCGGCUUUGCUGAAUAACCUCUUAAACACCCCAGAAGACAAACUCACUCUUCAUCAGCAAGCCAUACUUGAAGCCCUUCUUUCUUCACCCGAAACCAAGAGCACUUGCAAGGAGAGUCUUCGUGGUCGCAAACGUUCCCAUGAGGACCCCGAUGAUUCGGAUCCUCAUGAGGGGGAGAACAAGCGACCUCGAUCACUUGAGCAAACUGCUCUACCAAGCCAAACUCCACAGCCCAUCCAACCUGAAACCUCAACAAACCAACAGCCACCAUCCACAGCCAACUUUUCUAGCAUGGUCGAGCUAGAAAUAACAUCCCGAGGCGUAUCUCCCAGAGAUACCAACCGAGGAGGGGAUGGAAGUCAUGAUGAUGUUACCACUGGUACAUCUUCUCCAUCAGGCCAUCAGUUGGAACUCAGUUCUAAGCUGAUGUCAACGGGCAAUCCAAGUGAACCCGGUAGUGCUACUCAGGAACAAUCACCGCCUGAACAAAGAAUUCCAUAUAUUUCCCCAGGCAAAGACAUCCAUGAUGCACUGGAAGAGGCGAUGAUAUAUGACAAAUGGCCAAGAAAAUGGACAGAAUGGGAUGAUCUUCGGGUUGAGGCCGAACAAGAGGACAUGCAAAGAAACUGGUGGCUACGAGAGCUAAUCAACAGAUGCUCUGAAGAUAUUAUAAGGCUCGAGGAUGAUGAACGCAAGGAAGGGGAGAAUUACAAAGAAUCCCAGAAGACUCUUGAAUCGGUCGUAAGACAAUCAGCGGGAAGACUUCCCAAGACAUAGAAACCCUGGGAUAACGUUCGCAUCAAAGCCCCCUUCCAAGAAGAAAUCAGAGAGCAUAUCUGGCGUAGACCAGACAGAGUCAAGCCACUGAAUGAACUGAAGCUAAGAGGCCUUACUCACUUAAAAGGAAAGCAGGCUGGAGGUCAUCUGCAUAUGUUGUUACAAAGGUCAACCGGUACACAGAGAGAACUAAUGGAACAAGAUCUGAAGUCGAAUAUUCUCCCGAUUCAUCAAAUUCUACAAGUGAAGGCUGAAGACUAUCAUGGAGUAACAUUCUACACUCACAGACUUCAAUGCACCGAUGGGAGCGAAUUUACUUGUCAAGAGAACGACUUCAUCAUGCUGAAACCGGAUGACAUCUACCAAAUGUUCAUGGCCUACAGAUACCUUCCAGUCAGGCAGAGCAUAAUAUACAGCGAAGGCCUCGCAUCUAUCAAGAGAUUCAUGCUUAGACAGAUCCGAGUACACUCUUCACAUGACCUACAGAUGGCUAUUGAGUGCAAUCUGAAAAAGACAAAUCUGACAAAGCCAAGACUGUAUGGUCCUGAACUUGAAGAUUUCCCAGCCUACCACAUCUUCUUCACACCGCCAGCAGUCACCUAUCUGAACCACAAGAACGAAAAGCGUCUGAUGGUAGUCAGUGAAAUUGAGAAGUACUGUGACGGAACACUGAAGAUAAUCAAAGAACAGAUUCUAAAGAUGAAGGCAGAGCUAGAGAAAAAUCUUCAAGAGGCAUCGUCUUAUGUUCAAAAGGAACACUCUACAGUAGAGACUAUUCUAAAGGCCAUUGACGAUCGCCUCGAAAAGAGAAAUGUACUGAGGCAAUAUGAGCAUGCACUUGGUAUGAGGAAGCACUACUUCAAGUCUCAGAAGCAAUAAGAGAAUGGCACUUGAUCACAAAGGGGGAGAUUGUUGGAGAUAUUUAAUUGUGAAUCAAGUUGGUCAUAGAUUAGCUUUAUAUUUAAUCCUUUAUUUAAUUAGUGCAUGAAUUAGAUAGAAAUCGGGCCAAGUGUUAGGCCCAUAUAAACAGGCUAAAAGCCUGGUACGCCUAACCUAAACCUCGCCUAUAAAAAGGGAGCAGAGGUUUAGGAAUAGGUUGAACGUCGUACUUAUUAUUCAUAGCCUUACGUGCAUAUCAUUCUGUUGUACGAGUUCACGGUUUAUCAAAGAAGGUUUUACGUUGAUUCAUUCUGUGUUCAUCCUUACGUUUAAUCUUCGUUGUUAGAUCGUUAUUCAUUGCUGUUACAGAAAUAGGGACUAACAAGGCCUAAAAUUAGGAGACCAUUUGGUCACCCUCAUAACCCUUCCUUGAAUUGACCAAGACUGUCUAUUCCAGCACCGUAAAUAGUCCUCUUCACGUUCAAAAUGCAGCAGAAUAUGUUUCCUUUCCAACACUCCUAACUGAAAACUACCUUUAAAACCAAUUCUUUCAAGAGAUUUACGCAAGACAUCAAGGGUGGGACGACCAUGAAAGAAAUAACCAACCAAGGAGUGUUUGUGCUUCUCAGCCAAAAUCUGUAUUUCGCUUUCCGGAAAAGAUAUGGCAGGCAUACCUUUGAACCUCGUAGGAAUUUUGGCUGAUAGAGAAUCAGUAGGUUGUUUAUUCGCAACGAUCUCAGCAAAAGUCUUGUUGCCCCACUCAGUGGUGGCAGUGAUAGCGCUGCCGUGAAGUUUUGUAUAUCAAACAACCAUUCUAGAUUAUGUGUGAUAGGGACGGAUUGGCCCAGUUCUGAAUUUCUGAUUUGGGGACAAGUUGAUUCCCUACCGUUUUUCAUUGAUUUCUGUAUGCAUGUAAGAAAAUCAAUGAAAAACAAAUUGGAAGCAGUUUGGAACUAACAAAGCAGUGUGGAACCGGUACAUUCAAUACCAACACCGAUUAUCGGGGAGGGAAACCGGUAGGGAAUCAACUUGUCCAGAAAUCAGAAAUUCAGAACCGGGCCAAUCUGUCCCUAUCACACAUAAUCUAGAAUGGUUUUUUGUAUAUAUAUGUGUGUGUGUGUGUUUAUUGAUACGAAUACGGAGUAUUAUUUACUUAUACUAGUAUUUCACCCGUGUGAUGCACGGGUGAAGCUUUUUAUUUAAAUGAUAUGCACAAAAUAUUUAUAAACGUAUAAAAUAAUAUCGACGUAAUAUAUGAAGUGUUUUUUUGCAAAAAGGGGUUAUAUUGGUAGGUGAUAAAAAGAAACAAAUUCGAUCAAUAACUCAUCGAUCAUGUUCACCAUUUUCAGGAUUGAUAUUCUCUGAAUCUCGAUAUAAAUAUUAAUGUUAACACCUAAAGAAAAGUCACCCAAUAACUCAUUUAAUUAUAAUAGUAAUUAGGCACAAUUAUAUUUCAAUUAUAUCACAUAGUAAUUUUAUUUACCAUUAUGCCCACUAAAACAAUUAAAUGAAUGCUACCAACCAAGUCAAGUAUAUUAACGGUCGAUCAAGGUAACUUAUCAUGUAUGCAAAGGAUGAUUUAUGUACAGGUCAUGGUGACCUGAAAUCCAGUGUAACUUAAUUAUUUUCAAUUUUGUUAGUGCAUAUUUUUUCUUUUUUCAUAUUCAACCCACCCCGCUAAUGCUAAAGUUCAGUAUAAUUGCUCUUCAGUCCAGGGCAUCUCAAACUCCUGGAUCCGCCCCUGCAUGUAUGUUAUCUUUGUAAAUUAAAAUUGUAAUAUAACUCCUUUAAAAUGAUUUCUUUAUCUAGCUAUAUGAUUAUUAUGGAAGCGGUACUCGGUACAUGGUGUGUAAACAUCUCCCUAAAACAUGUGAAAAUCCCUUAAAUCAACAAAUGGAGUACAAAUUAAUCAUAAUAAAUCAAUGAGCCAAAAUAUUUCUUCUAAAUUGAAUGAUGUGUCUUUCUUAUAUAAGAGUCUUUCUUAUAUAACAGUGACGGACCCAGAAGUUUUCUAAAGCGGGGCACAGUCGUAUGAAUGGGAAUGGCUCGGGUCAGGUGCAUCAGUAGUCCAUGUCCGGAUCUAGGGGAGGGCCAAUGUAGGCCCUUGCUCACGCAAAAUUUUAAAAAUGUUUUUUAAUUUUUGAGGUGAACAAUUCUGUAUAAAAGUUUUUUCAAAAAUAUUCUUUGCACUGCCCUAGUCCGAACCAGUACCUUUAAAUUGCUCCGCCCCUGAAGUGGUUUAUUCUGUCUAGUCUGUUUAGAUUAUUAUUUUUAACCAGAAAUAAAUUAUUCAAUGUCGGUUUCAGGACAUAUAUAGAUUAUUAUAGUUCUUGUUUUGAACCCACUAAGACUCGACUAUUGUAUCAAAAUACUACCUUGUUAUUUCAUCUUUCAAUACAACUUUAUCUAAUAAUAUGAUUUUAUAUUUUUAUAUAUCUAACUUUUAUCAUAUUGCAAUACAAAAAAUCAAAAAGUAUGACAGUCUAGCACGAAUUGAAAAAAAAACAUGUAUAUAUUUUUUCAAGAACAAUAGUUUUUCAUCUAUUAAGUUAAUCUCACAUAUAAGAUGUUUUAUCAUAUCUUAAACCUCUUCUUACUUUAGACCAUAAUUCAUACUUAUUCAAAAAAUCAUCAAUGCCACAUUUCAAAAAACAAAUAGUGAUCAUAUCAACAGCAUGUCUAAUUACAUGGAGUCGAUCCCCAACACAUUGUUUGUCAUUUACAUCUUCACUACAAUGUAUAUGCUCUUCGGUGAAAUUAUCUUUAUAUCUAUAUUUUUUGUACGUGAAGCGAGGACACGAUUUUUAUCUUAAGUACUAAUACUAAAUUUUGGGGUCGGAAGUGGGGGCACUCCCCCCAAGGACCCCCCUAGAUCCUCCACUGUAACUUAUAUACGACGUAAUUUGGUCAUCACCUAGAACAAUAAUCUGGAAUAGUAGAAGGUUCAUAUUAAGAAUAUGACGAUGAUAAAGUGAAAUAAAAAACAAAAGUCAUUUAAUUUAUUGAACUGCUAUUUAUAAAAAUGUUUGAGCAUAUAUUCAAUUUUUUAAUUAUUAGUCCAACUAAUAUAAACAAUCAAAUUUGUCCAACGACUAACGGACUAACAUGGAAGCAACACAUCCGUCCAUUUACAAAAAUUCUUGGUACCAGUACACCUCUGUGUCUAUGAGAGGUUUUUUGUCUGUGAAUCCCAAUUCACAGACAAAACCGACUUGUUUGUCUGUGGAAAAUUCCACAGACAAAACAAACCAGUUUUUAUCUAUCGACUGAGAUUCUCAGACCAAAAAAAACUCUCACAGACAUGGAGGUGUACUCAUGUGUAUAAGAACGUGUACAAAAGGAAUUUUUCGUCCAUUUAUUUUCCCGAUUGGUGUUUUUUAAACUACAUUUACCCUACUAAAAACAAAUAUUUCAAUUAUAUAAAUUACAAAUCGAUGAAAACAAUUAAUAACUCACAUGUGCUUUGAACAUAAGAAUGCUUAUGAAUUAUGAGAACACUAAUACUUAGUUUCUUAAUGUACUAAAUGGUACUAAUUAAUUGCAACAGUUAAACAUAAAUAAGAAGCAUAUAAGAAAUAAAGUGCCACUUUAAUACAUAAGGUUUGAAUUUAAAAAAAAUAACCAAUAUAAAAGGAGAAAAAGAAAUGUUGAGCAAUGCAAAUGAAAUGUUUGUAUAGUCUAAAUAUGCUCUUCGUAUAAAGUUGUAAUUUUAAGAAAAAACUUAAUAUAUAUCAUGUCUACAUAUGACAAAAAUUUAGUAAAAAAUAUCUUUGAUCUAAAAACAUAAAAAGCUAGAAUUCGAGGAGUGCAAUAAAUUAAAGAGAAAUUCUAGACGGAAGGAUUCCUUUUCCCAUUUGAUCACUUCAGUCCAUAUAUGUUGAUGAUUCUCGUGUGUUCUCAAAAUAGAUUCUUUAAUCGCCAACGCCUCUGUCUUGCCAUUUUGUGUGUGGCCAAGUAAUACAACCAAAUUUGUAAACGCUUACGAAGACAAUUAAAAAAAAGAGAGAAUCCCCUAUGUAUUAAUGCUCUUGAAGGAAGGCGAAAGGACAAUAUCUGAAUUCUAGAUUUAAUCUUAUUACAUAUAGUAAGCUUCCAUAAGUUUGCUUCAACCUUUUAUCUUUUACAAAAUUUUGAAAUUAAAAUGGUCUUAAAAUAUUUUGAACAAAAUUUUAAAUGUUACACUACUAUUACAUUAUUAGUUUGAAGAUAUACUGAUUUUUUUACACCUAAAUAUAUUGAAUAUUUUAUUUACAAUUUUGACAGGUAAAUCAUUUUGGUUUUAAAAAAUGGAAUCCAUUGUAAUUGGAGCUAUUUUGCGUGGAUAGAUCCUUGUAUUUCCAUACUUCUAUGGAGUAUGUAUCAAUUUUACAUUUAUAAAUAAAUAAUUGUCUAAAAAAUUUAUCAAUUACAUUUCCGCGCGUAUUCAGUAUUCCCAUCAGAGCAAGAUGAGAUAUGUUGAAUCAAUAAUCUCUAGCAUUUUGACUCGAGGCGCAUAUGUCUUUUUUUCCUCUCACACUCUUAUCAGCAAAAAUCACAUGCCAUGUUCUCACAAAUGAAAUCAGUAGCUAAAAUAAAAGGAAUUGAAGGAUUUUGAUUUAUUUUGCCCUCAAUUCUUCAAUUUCGAACUGGGAAUAUAUUUGUAAAAGAGUAGAUACUUUUAAAUACAUGAAUUCAUAUAUAUAACUAACCCUUUAUCUAGGUUCAUAUAUAGAGAGAUACUCCUUUUACAUGUAUACUCCGUAUAUACUUAUUUCCAUAUCUACAUCUUUAUCGUAUGGUAUAGUCCAAAUCCAAAAAUGUUGGCAGAUUCAUAAGUUUUUGUAGUUAUGUCUUGUUACUCCCUGCAUUAGCACCAGAUUAUUCAGUACAACAAUAAAAGAUUAAAAGGUGAUAAGAGUUUUAUCAUUAAUGUAAAAGUUCGAACUUUAAAAAUUACAUGCGCAUGUAUGAAAAUUAAAAUAGAUUAAAAAUAGUUUUAUUGUUGAAAAGGUUUUUAAAAAAUGAAGAUAACAUACCUCUUCUCAUGGAAUAUCGAAUCUGAAAAUUUUCCAUACGCAGGUACACCUUCGAAUCUUAUUAAUCUCAAUUUGAUUGGGCAGGACACCACUCAAUAAGAAAAAUGGUAUUGUGGUCUUGGGGAUGCCACUAAUUAACAGGAGGAUAAGUAUUUAUUGAUGAAUCGUUCUUAAGCUUACCCAAUACGCUUUGCGAUGAGAAUUGUAGGAGACGUUCACUGAAAAUCUAAUGUAAUAAAAUUGGAUACAGAAAUCGAUGAGACAACUUGUAAUUUUUACAUUUAAUUGUCUUUAAUCACAUCAUAUCUAGAUUUCUAGGAAGUUCUUUGAUAAAGGUGUUGGAGUACUAUAAUGCUACGUAUUAAGCUGGAACCAUUUUGGCGUAGAUAGAUAAUGACUUCAUUAUUCUGGAAGCUUCUAUGUUUAGGCGGGAACUUUCUCAUCAAGUUUUCUUUUGUUUUUAUAAUAUAAUAAUAGAUUAUUGCAUUUUAUAGUAUUAUGCACAUGUGAAUUUUUUAUGGGCAUGUUAUUAUAAAUUAAAACCAUACUUACAAACGUAUUGUUAUUGGUGUUAUAUUGUUGUUAUUAUUAUUAUUAUUAUUAUUAUUAUUAUUAUUAUUAUUAUUAUUAUUAUUAUUAUUAUAUUAUUAUUAUUAUUAUUAUAUUAUUAUUAUUAUUACAAGUAGUGACCAAAAAUCAUUAGUGACCGAAAACCCAUUAGUGAUUGUCACUCGUUGAUCACCAGGGCAAUGAUCAGCACCGGUCCCAAUGACCAACCUUGUCGCCUAUCACAGUGAAUUCUUGGUCACUGACCUCGCCACCCAUAGUGACUUGCCAGCUAGUGACCUUGCCACGCACAGUGACCUGCCCGUCAGUGACCUCGUUGGGCACCGUGCCACUGUUAUCACCGCCGGCUAGUGACAUGUUUUUUAUCGGCGGCCAAUUGCCCUGAUUGUGACCACCUCCCUGACCGUCGACGAAGCGGCUGCCGCCCCAGCGGCGGCCAGCGGUGCUCUACUGAUAAGCCCAUAAUCAUCCACAGAGUCCCUAGCCCCUCUGCGGACCUGAACCCCCCUUUCCAAACUCCAUAACCCAUCCCCUCUCCAGCGGUCCUGCAGCCUUCAACUAGUGCCUCCCUUGCUCCUGCACCAUACCCCAGACCCCACCCUCGCCAGUUCUCAUCGGUCACUGCUCCAACCCACUAUAUAUCCCGUUGCCAAUCACCUAGCCAGACCUCUCCAUUGAAGACGAUGACGAGUUUUGGCGAGGUGCUUGACAACGGCCAUGCCACCACUUAAAAUAUCAAUAUUCGGCCAAAAGAAGAAGAAAAUUAUAUCGGCGAUGGUUGAGGGUAGCAUCAGAGGGGACGCGAUGGCGAGACGGAGACAAUGGCAUACCUGGGCUACAUCGGACCAGUGGAGGUAGCGGGUUGCGACUGGUCACGGUGGUGCAGGGAGACACAGCGGUCCAGGAGCAGUCUCGCGCAAGAAGAAAAGGUGUGAGUGAGAUGUUGGUAGGCACUGGGCAUGGAUAGCUCGCUGAGUACGGUUAUUUUUAUAUCAAGGGUGUUUUGGUCUGUUUAGAUUUAAGAUGACUCUUUUUUGUCCAAUUUAAAAAAGAGACACAAACUAAAUUAGAAUGCACCUAGCCCCCCUCAACAGUGGCGGACCCACUAAGGGUCCCACGGGGUCCGGGGACCCCAUGGACCUACAAAAAAUACAUAUAUAUAUUUGUAUAUAUUUUACAUAAAAUUAAGUAAUCAAUGUAUUUAUACAAUUGAAACUGGUUUAGAACACAAAUAUGGAGCUAGAGCAACGGUUGGACGCCCAAUCUUGAGGCUCUAUAUGUGCGGGAGGUUGAGGGAUCGAUAAUUUUGAAAAUAAAAUUAUGGAACAACUUGGGACACCUAUUGUUAUCAUGCACUUCUAUACUCCAACUUUUAAUCUAAAUCUAAUUUUCUCAACCUAUGCCCAUUUUUUUUCAUAACAAAUACUAUUAUAAAGCCAGUAUGUAUCCCCAAAUUUGAGCUUAUCUAUUUUAUAAACUAACUUCAUCAUGAAACACGUAAUUUUUGAAUUCACGCAUUGAAUUUGUAAUAAUUAAAAUAUUAUGGAACAACUUGGGACACCUAUUGUUAUCAUGCACCUCUAUAGCCCAACUUUUGAUCUAAAUCUAAUUUUCUCAACUUAUAUCCAAUUUUUUUCAUAACAAAUACUAUUAUAAAGCCAGUAUGUAUCCCCAAAUUUGAGCUUAUCUGUUUUAUAAACUAAUUUCAUCAUGAAACACGUAAUUUUUGAAUUCACGCACUGAAUUAAAAUAAGCAAGUUAAAAUCAUUUUUUCGGCGAGAUGACUGAAGUUACCGUAAGAGCAUCAUCUUAGCCACUUUUUCAUAUGACUUUUUUUUCAUAUCUUAUAACAUACUAUCCUUCGUAUCACAUUAUUUACAACAUUGGAAUACAUUAUUCAUAUACUUUACUUUGACUACAUUUUAUUUAUUAAUAUAUGUGAAUUAUUUUUGAAAAAUAUUGUUAAAUCCGUCUCAUUAUUAAGUCUUAUUAUCUGAUUUUUAUUUUAUUUUUACUAAUACAGAAUUAAAUAUAAUGACGGUCAAAGUUGUGCGCUGGCAAACGUGAAAUGUUGACUGUUGCAACUAAAAAGAGACGGAGGAAGUAUAAUUUAAAUAUCAUUAUUUCCUAAUAUAGCAGUUUCAGUCGCUUGAGCCAUUAUCGCAUAGUUUGGCUUGAUGUGAUUUGAUCUAAGACUAAAAUCAGCUCAACAACAAAGUCCUUAAAGUUACACAAAUAAAUUGGUAAUUGUAUUAAAUUAAAAUAGAAACAAAGCUAAUGAAUAUAUUUUAAAUAAAAAUCCAAAUAAAAUAAUGCGAAGUAAUUGGAUUGAAAUUUUCAAAUGUAGGCUUUUUAAAUUUGAUUUCUCAUAUGCAUGCCCAUUAUUUUUAGUUGAUAGAGGACAUUAACUUUAUAAAAUUUUAGUGUCCGUUUAGUGACUCUGUUUUCGGCUUAUCAGACUUAUCAACCAACUUUUUAACCAAACAUGUAACUUUUGAUUUUACGCGCUGAAUUAUGUAAUAAUAAGAAAAAUAAGGUUGAAGUUACUUUUCAGGCUGUAUUGACUGCAGUUGUUGUAGAUGACCAUUUUAUCUAUUUUUCAUAUCAUUUCUUCUUUAUUUUAUUAAUAUAAUAUAUUUUAAAUAUAAUUUUUCAUAAUCAGCAGAAACAGUCGAUACAACCAAUUCAGUCAGAACUUUAUAAAUUUCAGCAGAAUCAGCCGAUUCAGCCGAUUUCAGUGUUACCAAACGGGCCCUAGUUGAUAGUAGACAUUUCUUUAAAAUUGUUGUAUACGUUAUGUUAACUACGAUAUGUUAUGCUAUUUUACUAUUUUACUUCUUCUUUUUAUUAAUUUUUUAUUAAUUAGUUACAUUACCGUAGGGACCCCCGUGAUUCUGAGUUUCUGGGUCCGCCACUGCCCCUCAAUGUGUAUCUACUUGCCUUUCAAUUGGUAUCAGAAUAGGUCCAUAACGAAUGAGUUUAAACAAUCUAAGGAUCCUCUAUUUAUUUCUCCACUUAGAUACCAAUUACCCCAUGACUUUCUAAAUAUAUGAUCUUAUUAUUUGUUUCAUAAAUAAUGAACUAUGUAACUUCAAAAAGUAUUUCCAAACCUCCAUUUUUCAAUUCAGAUAAUUACUCUUAUUGGAUUUUUAGGAUGGAAAGCUACAUCCAGUCCACCAAUUAUGAUCUUUGGAUAUUUUUUCUUGAUGUCCCUUACCUUAUUGUUAAAUGUGUAAAUGAUGAGACAGUUCAAAAAACAAGAAGUGAUCAAACUGAGUUCAAUGAUGUGGAAAAGUAUACAUUUUUUUCCCUCAAUGCUAAAGCUUAGAAUACCUUACAUUGUGCACUUGGCCCUGCUGAAUUUUCAUGUGUAAGCCAAUGUAAGAGGGCAAAAAAUGGGGCGGUGGAAACAACACACUCAUAACUAAAGCAAAUCAAGAUUGCUCUUGGAGCCUCUGAAUCAAGCGUGAUGAAUCAAUUCAAGACAUGUCAAAGAGUUUCAAUGAUAUUAUCUUAUCCCUGAGCAAACUUGGGGAAACAUAUUCUCCUCAAGAGAAGAAAUGGCAGAGCAUAGUAGUCACCUUGACUUCUCUGUGCUCAACUAUGUCUACAUGAAACCUUUGGUCCUCUCUUCUAAAGCGAUCUGUAUUUGAAAAAGAUGAGAAACAAAGAGGAUCGUGGAGUGAAACCAAAUAGAACAUUGGCUCUGAAGCACAACACUGAACCUCACAGAGACAAUGAGGAAGACCAAAUGGGACAAAAUAAAUUCAAAUAAAGAUACGAGCAAAGACAAGAGAGGAAAGUCGAAUCAUCCAUCUUGCUUUGAGUUGGCGAGCAAGGACAAAGAAAAAUGAUGGUCCCCAAAAUAUAAAGAAUGAAAGACAAUGAGAAAAGGAAGAAAAAGAGAAAAAAAUAUUACAAGUUAUAAGAGAGAGUGAUCAUGCUAACGUCUCUUACUUCACCCAUGAUGAGGAGGAUGUAUGUUCCAAUUCUUCUUAUACACCUGAUUGUGAUUUUACAUUUUAAGAACUUAGAACGGCCUUUGCUGAUAUGCACAAUGACCUUUCUCGUGUCUUGAAAGAGGAGAAAGCUCUCAUGAAAUCUUUUAAAGCUUUACAAGGGAAAUUCGAGCAAAGAAAAGAUAA